AUGGAAACAUUCAUUCAAGGUGAAAACUACGAGUUAUGGGAUAGGAUCACUGAUGGUACUACUAUUCUAAUGAAGUUAGAAGAUGAGAAACAGGUCAAGAAAGUAAAAAGUGAAUUCACUCCUGAUGACUUAGUGGCAUUAAAGAAAAAUGGUAAGGCCAAAAGCAUUUUGGUCUGUGGAUUAGGACCUGCUGAAUACAACAGGGUAUCAACAUGUAUCACUGCUAAGCAAAUUUUGGAUGCUCUAGUAAAUGCUCAGAAGGCACAUCUCAAUUAUAUUAUGGAAGCUAGAAAAAGAUUUAUGUCUAUUGAUCUAACUAAGCUUCCAGAUCCUCCAAUGCCAUCCUAUAUGUUUACCCUUUUCAGUCGUGAUUUAUUUGAAAAGUCAAAGUUCAAGGACUAUGACUCUUUACUUGAAAGUAAGGUAUCUCGUUCUCAAGCUAGAGUAAGUUAUUUGGUAUCAAUACUUGGAAAUGGUAAUUCAAUUGGUGCAAACGGAAAUCUGAUGAGGCCACACAUUAAGCAUGAGAGUAAAACUGCCGAUGUCAAGGUUCCGGAAACAACCAGUACAUAUUACGUAAAUGGUGAGUAUGUUGCAUCUUUUACUAUUGGCGGUGAACAAAUUAAAAAUUACUUGCUAAUAGACACUGGCAGUGAUUUGAUAUGGUGGCAAUGUAAACCAUGUACGGAAGGGGGCUGUUACAAUCAAGCUGAUCCUAUAUAUGUUGCACCUAAUUCGGGAACGUAUGAAAAACUUGAUUGCGUUGCAAAAAGUGAAAGUUGUUUCACGUCCAAUCUUAUUGAUGUGACCAGCGUACUCGAAAGGAUUCUUUUUGGAUGUGGAAGGGAUCAAACGAGCGGAGACAGGUCUUUUGGUCCUGAAUAUGCUGGAAUUGCUGGCCUCUGGCGUAGAGUGUUGACAAGACUGCACUCUGAAAGUGCAACAAUUAGCUUCCACACAACGCCAUUUGAUAACUCCAUAUCAGCAGAGCUAUUACCAAAUCCCGCCUAUCCUAACUUCUAUUUCGUCAACCUUUAUAAAGCUUUUAUUAACGAAAGGGAAAUCCCUCUGAACCCAUCAAUUGCCAUAGAAAGUGGUUGCCUUGUGGAUACUGGAACAGUUAUUACCAAUUUCCCUCGAGAUAUUUAUAAUGUAUUUCGUGACACAUUCAGAAAAGAAGUACAAGACUUGAGUUUGGUUGAUAAUCCAACUCCUGGAGCUUUCGACACUUGCUAUAACGUGGAUCCGGGUGUUGUACCAAAUUUUCCCGUUGUGAGGAUGUACUUCGGCGGUCAAAACCCGAAUAAUAUGGUGUUACUGACACACCAACAAGUCGUGACGUAUUUUCACGGGCUAUACUGUCUGGCUUUUCAUGCAUGGGACGAAGGCUUCACAAUUUUAGGAAAUUAUGAACUCCAAGCCAAAGAAGGCAACUGCACAGCUAAUGUUCAAUACUAA